GCGAAGAUGUUUGACAGUACCCCAGACGACCUUGACAUGUUUAUGAUUUAUGACGUGUCACACAACAUUGCCAAAGUGGAGGAGCAUUUUGUGGGUGGGAAACAGAAGACUUUACUGGUUCACAUGAAGGUCGCCACCCGGGCCUUCCCUCCCCACCACCCCCUUAUUCCUGUAGAUUAUCAGCUGACUGGACAGCCUGUUUUGAUUGGAGGAACCAUGGGAACGUGUAGCUACGUGCUGACUGGUACACAGCAGGGAAAGGAUGAGACGUACGGAACCACGUGCCACGGAGCUGGUCGAGCUUUAUCUCGAGCCAAGUCUCGGCGUAAUCUGGACUACACAGAGGUCCUGUCAGCUUUGGAGGAGAAAGGAAUCAGUAUCAGAGUGGCUUCACCCAAGCUGGUCAUGGAGGAGGCACCCGAAUCUUACAAAAAUGUUACAGAUGUUGUAGAUACUUGUCACAUGGCAGGCAUUAGCAAAAAGGCCAUAAAGCUACGUCCUAUUGCGGUAAUCAAAGGAUAAACUAAGUGAUAAGACAACUUGACUUCUUGACCACAGGAAUGGAUCUUUACAACUGGUGCAAUACUGCUUUGGUGACCUCUUACUUGUAUCUGGUGGAGGAAGAUUCUAUGUUUCAUUCAAGACUUUAUGUUAACUUAACUAAAGUCUUAUUUUAUUGUGAGGGGAAAAAAUAUAGCAUAUCAUCUUGCUUUGUAAUGCAACUUUAUAACUUCAAAAGUGUGUUCAAAUUUGAACUUUUAAGACUUGUUUUAAAAUGUAUAUUUCUUGCAGUUUAGUGGGUUUCUUUGUGUUUAUGUAUAUUUACUGUACCUGUUUGUUUCUUAAAAGAGUCCCAAAAUGUAUCUUUGAUAUUUAAUAUAUGUGCCAAACAAUUUUCAAAGAAUACUUACAUGUAAACUGUCUGUUUCACUACAAAUUUUCCACAGGAACAUACACGUAUAUGACCUCCAAAAACUGAUUUGUUAAACUGUUUCAUUAAAAUACAUUG